AUGGCGUCAGAGGAUCUUCUUGAAGAGCUGCCGCUUGAGCUCAAGCUCCUGGUUCAACUGGCCAUUGACGAUAACCGUCCGACUUGUAUACUGGACUCGACACAGUCGCAACCGACCUGUCUGUUCCAAAAUGCCGCCUUUCAACAGGCCCUUGCGCACAUCCCCUCUGACGCAUUAAAUCAAUGGCUUUCUACCGAAACAAGCAGCACAUGCUCGGCCAAAGCGACGCCAGCUGGAGAUUUCGCCGACAGGGAGUGGAUCAAGAAAGAGCUCGGAACAUCAUACGUGGUGAUAUACUGCAAGCAUGAAUUUGUACCGCCGCGCAAAGGGACAGAGGACAAUGGCCUAGACAAUUUGGUUCAUGACUGGAUCAAGUUCCCUGACCAGGUGCCUACCAACAACUGGAUACGCUAUCUGAUGGCCUACGAUUGGAGCCAGACUGACAUUGGUGCUCUUUGUGGUUCAAGAAUGCAUAACUGGCCAGCAGCGUUGCGUGCGACUCUUCAAACUUAUAUGCAUUAUCCGCAUCCAGCCCUCAUUUACUGGGGAGCUGAUCUUAUUCAGAUCUAUAACGAGCCUACAACUGAGAUGUUCGGUAACAAACACCCAGGUGCACUGGGAAACAAAUCAAUCGACACUUGGGAUCAGGUUGUGCGGGAUCAAACCGCUGGGCUGAUCAAGACCGGCUGGGAACAAGGUCAAUCUGUCCACGUCAAGGAAACAUUGUUUCUGCUCGAUCGGGAAGGCUUUCUCGAAGAGUCAUACUUCGAAGGCUUUUUUCUUCCCAUAGUUGGGCCUGAUGGUCAUUGGGCUGGCUGUGCAAAUCUCGUCAACGAAGUCACCUCCCAGGUUUUCCGGAACAAUAGGGAAGACGUCUCACGCAACCUCUUACAAAGGACUGUUCACGCUCCCGAUCUCUCCAAUAUUUGGCUUGAGUUUCUAGGAAUACUGGAUGAAGAGGCUGACGACAUAGCCUACACACUUCUUUUCAUGAUCAACAAGGAAACAACGACACCCUCUGGAGAGAAGUACUUUCUAUAUGGUUCAUCAGGCCUCAAAUCGAACGGCCCCUUCGAGAAAUCUUCCGCCAAACUGAAAGGUGCUCUGGAAAUGGCAGAGCGGGACGAAAAUGUCGUUUGUCUUCAAGACGAGAGCCUUCCGGCUGAACUGAAAAUCGACAUGCCUGAAUUAGGUACAGUCGCUUCAGCGUUUGUUUUCACCAUCUUCGACAUCAAGGGAUCUGCACUAGGCUCGGUGGUCAUUGGUGUCAAUCCUAGGCGGCGUGCCGAUGAUUAUAUGAAAAAGUUCAUCUAUUCACUGAACGAGAUUUUGCUCAGAGCAGUCACCAUACUGGACUCACCCUCUGACCAGAGGAAGAUAUUACGGACCGACGAUAGUUUUGGCUACCGAAUCAACCUUGCCAAACUAUCUAGAGAGCUGAAUAUUGCGACUCUCAAGAACGAGAAGAGCCAGGAAACAUUCACGCGUAUGGCGGAAGAUGCUCCGAUUGGCAUGUUCUUGUACAAAGGAGAUGGCACGCCACUUUAUCUGAAUGAUCGCUUCCUGGAGCUGCUAGGUGAAAAGAGAGAUGAAUAUUUCGAAAAAGCCAAAACAGGAUACGCCUGGCGAGAUUGCAUACACCCAGACGACGAAGAAUUCAGCAAAGAGGCUUGGAGAUCCGUUGCCGAGUCUCAUUCAGUACUCAACUUCCAGUUCCGCGUCAAGGCAGGGACCAAAUCCAGCCCGACGCGCGCUAGAUGGCUGGAAGUUGUCUGCUUCCCACAACGCGACGCUAACGGUGUCUUGGUGACAUUCCAAGGCUACUUGACUGACGUUACUUCGAAAAAGCUGACCGAGGCUCUCACCACAGAAAGGAUGAACGCAGCGAUUGAAACGAAGAGGCAGGCGCAAAACUUUAUUGACAUGAUCUCGCAUGAAAUGCGGAACCCGCUGAGCAGCAUUAUACAACUUACUGAGUCAAUCCUCACGACUUCGCUCGAUGCAACACCAGCAGCGUCACACGAAAACGUUAUUGACGCAGCCAACACGAUCAACAUUUGCGCCUUCCACAUGCUGCAGAUAAUCAAUGAAGUGCUCGACUUCUCAAAGCUCGAUUCCAACCUCCUGGUCUUGGCUCCGGAAAGAACCAGGCCACGGGAAGUAGUCGAAAAAGCGCUCAAGAUGUUCGAGACCGAACUGAAGAGCGCGGAUAUCGUGACCAAAGUCGAACAGAUGUCGAGUGAUUGUGCGGUUGCAGAUAUCAUGUGUGAUCCCAGUCGUCUACUCCAAGUUAUAAUUAACUUGAUCACCAACGCGUUAAAGUUCACUCGAAGCGCAGAAACGCGCCGCAUCACGUUGUCCUAUGGAAAUUUCUUUGCACCGCCAUCGGCCCUCGAUUGUGGUGUUGAAUUCGUUAAACCGCGCAAAAAGGAUCAUGACGACCCCGAGACAGCCACUGCAAUGCUUGCAGCCCUCGACUCGGACGACGGUGGUGACGAUGUUUACCUGUUGUUCAGCGUUGAGGAUACUGGCUGUGGGCUAACGCCAGAAGAGUCACAGUUGCUGUUCCAACGAUUCUCACAAGCACCUAAGACAUACAAACAGUAUGGCGGCUCAGGCUUAGGAUUGUUCAUUUCUCGGGAGCUGGUCGAGCUCCAAAAGGGCAAAAUUGGUUUACACAGCGAAGCUGGAGUCGGCAGCAGAUUCGCAUUUUACAUCAAAGCUAAGCGCGCCGUCCGAGCGAGUCGUUCAGGUUCUGUGGCUUCGGUCGGGUCUACCGUCAGUGUCAAGAACUUGCCACAUGCCAUGGGCGGUGCUUUCGAGGAAGUCAAAGUCCUGGAAAAGGUAGAUACAGUACCACAGCCGAAAACUCUGGUACACGACAUGCAUGUGCUUAUCGUGGAAGACAACGAGAUCAAUUGCAAAGUCAUGUCGAAACAGCUACGGAAGCUGGGCUGCGAAGUGAAUGUAGCUGGAAACGGCCUAGAAGCGCUCAACUUCCUCUCCACCACAACCCAUCUCUCAAGCACUUCAGAUGCCACACCGCUGAACCUGAUAUUGCUCGAUAUAGAAAUGCCUGUCAUGGACGGACUGACCUGCAUCCGUCGCAUUCGCGCACUCGAACAGUCUGGAGAAAUAUCUGGCCAUAUACCGGUGAUCGCGAUCACGGCGAAUGCUCGCAACGAACAAAUUGCAACCGCGAUUGAAGCUGGCAUGGACUCUGUGGUUACAAAACCAUUCAAAAUAAAGGAUCUUGUGCCGCAAAUGGAGGCUGUGGUUGACACGUGGUCUGGUGCUGGAUGA